GUUAGCAGCCGUCUGAAGAGUAGUGUUUACCUAUGAACACUUGGCACUGACUGCUCCAAAAUCUGCAGGAUUUGAUCAAUUAAGGAUGUCGAAUGAUCUGGCUGCUGUGUGGGAGGUGGCACUGAGUGAUGGAGUCCACAGAAUAGAGUUUGAACAUGGGACAACCACUGGCAAAAGGGUCAUCUACGUUGAUGGAAAGGUAAUCACAACCAGGCUUAAAGAGAUUAAAAUGACUCCUUCCUCUAAUCCUGAGGCAUGUUCUGAUUUCCAGGAGGUGUUGAGGCGAGACUGGAUGUUCAAGCUUGUUGGGAAGGAGACAUUUAACGUGGGCCAGGCAGACACCAAAGCAACAAUAAAUAUAGAUGCAGUCAGUGGUUUUGCCUACGAGUACACCUUGGAGGUGAACGGGAAGAGCCUGAAGCAGUACAUGGAGAACAGGUCAAAGGUCACCAGCACCUGGCUGCUCAAUUUGGAUGGCACUGACUGCAGAAUUGUCCUGGAAAAAGACACGAUGGAUAUUUGGUGUAAUGGAGAAAAGAUUGAGACCGCUGGAGAAUUCGUGGACGAUGGCACGGAGACACAUUUCACACUGGGAGACCACAACUGCUGCGUGAAAGCUGUGAGCAGCGGGAAGAGACGAGACGGGAUCAUUCACACUCUGCUCGUGGACGGCACAGAGGUAGCUGAAUGCACUGAGUGACUGUCAGCGAGAGGGAGCAAGCAGCAGAGAUUUCAUUUAAAAUCGCCAGUUAGACCAACGGAGAAACACGUUCUCAUGGGUCCAA